GUGGGCCAGGAGGAGAUGAAGCGCAGGAUCUUGAGCCGGGGGGAGACCAGCGGACGCAUCGACGACAAUGAGGAGACGCUCGUGAAGCGUUUCGUGACGUUCGAGGAGGCGACCUGGAACGGGGACGCGCAAGAGGCAGGCAUAGGAGGGCCACGUCCUCGGCCCAGAACGCAUUGCCGCGCCAGCGUUGGAUCCGUGGGAGCGUCAAGUCUCGUCUGGCCCACGUCAUUCGACGCAGAAGCGCCCGGGCUGAAAGAUUGUUGUCCAGUUUUGUCGCUCCCAUUCUGA